CCGCGAUCUUUCAUCGCAGUUGCUCUGAAGUUCAAUUUGCCACAUGCGAAUCUCCGGUUGGGGCUCAAAAUCCCAUCUAAAUUAAUCGCUGUCGUGUUCGGGUCGUCGGGUCAACAUGCUGCUAACAGACUUGAGUUAAAACAUUUUCUGCAAGGUGCCGUCAGGAUUUCGACUCGAGGACAGACUUGGACCAGACAAACCUUCAAGAUAAAGGCAUUUGUACAUAUGGAUGCAUGUAUCCGCCACGAUCUCGUGGAAUUCCCGGAAAGUUUCGAGGACCGUGCCGUUUCAAUGUUGACCAAAAACACGCGGCGCAUUGAAGCUGGUGACCUUCCUGAUGAUGUGCAAGUCUUCAACUACAACCCACGCACGGGCGAAGAUGGUCAAUUUAGACUGUUUAACUACCAACACUCGCCCCGUGGAAUUCCCUCAGAAACCCCACGGAGAGGACAAGACGCAGAUUUGAUGCUUAAGUUUCAAGGCUUGAUAUUGGUGGACUCUGAUGAAGAGUACGAACCGGACAAUUAUACAUUCUCUCCAAAUGCCUCCACGCUGUGGAACAGUACGGAGCAGGCCAAUCUUCCAGCAGCAUCAAAUAGGGUAGCCAGGCAUUGCUGCACUGAACCCGAAUAUGAUUGUCAAGCUUCGGGCAGCCGUGGCAGGGAAUUACCGAAUCCACCUCCAGCCGACGAUACCGUACCUGCGUAUCCUAAAGCCAUUUUGAGCAGUUACGCGCCGUCGCCGUCGCAGAACAAGCGAAACAAUGAAUAUAAUGCAAAGGCUCCCAAAGAUAAUCGAAACACUUUCCAAAGGCUGAAAUACAAGAUCCUCGAUACUGGGCCGGACAUGUUGUGCAAUGAGCCUCCUCCGAUGCUCGUUCCAGCCUCGUCAUCGGAGUAUCACCAACAAUACGACAUGCACCUUCAAGGGACUGGUGGGCCGUUGGACGAUGGCUCUGACGGGCAGAUUAUCACCGCGGAGAAGCUCCUAGAUGGGGAAAAAUCCAACUUACUUGAUCCGGCUGAAAUUUCUGAGAACAAGCCUACGGAGAAGCCGAAUUGUCCAAAGUUUCCGCUAUCAGUCGAUCGUUCUCGAGCCGCAAUGAAAUGUCGCCCGGUGGGCCCGGUGUCGAUCGAUCUUCCAGCAGUCUACACAAACGACGAAAAAUCGGCUAAUCGCAAUUUGGAGCUUGGUAACCUUCAACACGAACAGAAGUAUUUGCUUGACCAGGUCAUAGACGGAGCACCGUCCGGCUUCGGUUUUGAGAAAGCCAGUAAAUCUGAAGAGGAAAAAAUCACGGUCAGGCUAGGCGGUCCUGACCUUCAAUUGACAACCACCAUUCAAGUUUCGACUCCAGUCAUCGAACUGCCCUCCGCGAAAUUGCAGUCUAAACCCGAUACAGCAGCCAGCCUUGGUUCCGAUUCCAUGGCUCACGCCAUUUUUGGCACAGGUUCCUGGAUCGAAGAAGAUGCUCAUAAUCUUCUCAUCAACCUAGACGUCGAAGGGCUAUGUGAAGUCUAUGCGAUUGGUAAUGAUUUGGGAAGACUGGAAGACCAAUUCGAUCCUGGAUCGCAAGCGAACUUCAGAGCCUGUCCUGCAAAUUCAUCUCCAGGCUCAACCGCACAGAAGAAUGCAGGUGGAAAUUCCUCGGAAUCUGGAUCGCGUGGAACUCGUCAGUCGCCGCCGAAUGGUGGUGGCAGACAUCGCAAACAUGCCUCAGAGGGGGGCGAUGGUGAAGGAGAAGAGGAUGACCCGAGUCAAUACAAAAAGGCAAAGACGGUCAAUGGGACCAACAGGCGAUUUGUAUGCCCAUUUUACGUCCAUGACCCCGCAUAUUUCAAGACGAGCGAAGAGCACGGGCAAAAAUAUACUCUCUGCGCAGCUGGACAGGGAUUUGCAGAUAUUGCCCGUGUCAAAGAACAUCUGAGAAGAACCCAUUCCCCAAAGAUUUCCUGCCCUAGAUGCGGGUUAGCGUUCAAGAAGCAAUAUGACCUAGAGGUGCAUCUAAAUCUCAGAAAUGAGAAAGGCCCCGAAUGCCCCGUCCUCGAUCUGCCCGCAUCGAGAUCCAUGACGCCUGAUAUGGUAGCACAAUUGGCAGAGAGAGGGAAACGCGAAACGAAUAUUUCUGAAGAGGAGAAGUGGUACAAAAUCUAUCAGAUACUGUUCCCGAACGACCUUCCCCCCACCACCGGAGCAUAUCGGCAGGGGUUUGACCAGCCGCCCACACCAUCUCAAGAAAAGCAUAUCCCCAUCCAUAUCUGCGAGAACGACUUGCCUCGCCUAUUUGAGCGAAGACUCGAUACGCGAUUGAGCGAUAUGAUACCCGACCUAGAGUCCAGAGAGCGAAUGAAGAAUAUGAUGAUCUCCGAACUUGUCCUCUGCAUCAAAGAGCUCUCGGUAGAGCCUUCGGAAACGCCGAGCUCUUUCGAUGGAUCCCAAGUGCUCAGACACAAACCAUCCGAGGCAUCAUCCAUAGAUUCUGGUUAUGGAUCGAAAUGUGGGAUUAUCGACUGUACGGGCAAUUGCAACGUAUGUGAGCAAUUGGCCUCUCCUAUGUCCCAGCAGUCGCAGGGGUAUUUCCAGCAUGUCAAUUCCCCUCUUUUCGAAGCCCCGGAUCAGUAUCUCAGCCCGUCCAUGUUCGCAAACCCCGAGCCGACUGGACAUCUGCAAUCGACAGAGAAGAUGGACGAGCUACUUGAACACAAUUUUCCUGACCCAUACUUGGGAAACCCUUACCUUGAUGGCUCUGGUACUUGAAGUUGCACAGCACAUGCUCUGGCUGGCUCAGAGGAUGGGGACAUUGACAAAAAAUAAAGAGACGGCUGGAGUCACUAGACAGCAGAAAUUUAUUUCUUUCGCCUUUCGGUGGGCUUCCCGAAGCAGGGAAAGGGCUCUCAGUGACGGAAUAUGUCGUCUCUGCUUGGUACAUACGCUAAAACCGGAAUUCAGAUUCCAUAUCCCGUGCAAUUUGCCAAGUGGCACGCAGUUCAACAAGGCCCAAAAUAAUAACACGAGCAAGAA